CAGAGUGACUAAGAUCUGGUCAGUCUGGUGUGUUGGCUGUUUUUCACCCGUUUACUGCAGCACAUGGAUGGAUGCGCGAUUGCGCGGCUCUGAUUGGCCAGGCACGCGGGCUCCCUACGUGCCAUUACUGUUGUUCCGAUUCACAAGCUCAAGAACACCGCUGGACUCAGUGUACCCAUCUCUUGUUGGACUUGGAACUAAUCUUCAAUUAUUUAAAGCGGCGGCUCGCACCAUGGACGCUACCCUUUAUCCGAUCUUAUUUGGGGAGCUCGGGGACCUAAAUUGUAGUUUGAUAGAUGCUCUCCAAGACACUUUUUUGGAAAACGCUCCAUUGUCAUUGCUGAGCACUGAUGGUUUAUAUUGCAAUGCCACAACCGAUGAGAUUGGAACCUGCUGGCCGCGGAGCAGCACCGGGAGGAUUGUAGAGAGACCCUGCCCUGAGUACAUCAACGGGGUGAAGUACAACACAACCAUGAGUGCUUACAGGGAAUGCAUGGAUAAUGGGACGUGGGCAUUGAAAAGCAAUUACUCCAAUUGUGAACCCAUUUUGGAGGAGAAGAGAAAAUAUCCAAUGCAUUAUAAAAUAGCGCUGAUCAUCAACUACCUAGGUCACUGUAUCUCUGUGGGAGCUCUAGUCGUGGCCUUCAUUCUCUUCUUGUGCUUAAGAAGCAUACGAUGUCUUCGAAACAUCAUCCACUGGAACUUGAUCACCACGUUCAUACUGAGAAAUGUUAUGUGGUUUUUGCUUCAGUUGAUUGACCACAAUAUUCAUGAGAGCAAUGAGCCUUGGUGUCGAUUAAUUACAACAAUAUACAACUACUUUGUGGUGACAAACUUCUUCUGGAUGUUUGUUGAAGGAUGUUACCUACACACAGCCAUUGUAAUGACUUAUUCAACUGAUAAGCUCAGAAAGUGGGUCUUCCUUUUCAUCGGCUGGUGUAUUCCAUUACCUAUAAUAGUAGCUUGGGCCAUAGGAAAGUUGUAUUAUGAAGAUGAACAAUGUUGGUUUGGUAAAGAGCCUGGAAAAUAUAUGGACUAUAUUUACCAGGGACCAGUUAUUCUUGUGCUACUGAUAAACUUUGUUUUCCUCUUCAACAUAGUACGAAUACUUAUGACCAAACUAAGAGCUUCAACCACGUCUGAAACAAUACAGUACAGGAAAGCUGUGAAAGCAACACUGGUCUUGUUACCUCUGCUAGGCAUCACCUACAUGCUGUUCUUCGUGAAUCCGGGGGAGGACGACAUUGCACAAAUUGUUUUCAUCUAUUUCAACUCCUUUUUACAGUCUUUUCAGGGGUUCUUUGUGUCAGUGUUUUACUGCUUUCUAAAUGGAGAGGUACGUUCUGCAGUAAGGAAACGGUGGCACCGCUGGCAGGACAACCACGCCCUUCGAGUGCGAGUGGCUCGAGCCAUGUCAAUCCCCACGUCUCCAACCAGGAUUAGCUUCCACAGCAUCAAACAGACCACAGCUGUGUGACCAGAACAUAAUCUCUACGACAACAUCUAAGGGAACAGAUUUAAUAUUUUUGUCUAGUACAGACAAUAAAGUGAUUCACAGAACGGACUGAUUCCAAGGCCGUGAUGUGUCCAGUGUGACUGGAGAGCCAGGCAAUUUCUCUUGUCUGGUGAGAACAAUUUAUUGCAUCUAAAAGAAAACGUUAUGAAGUCAUAUGAAGUCCAAUGGGCACAUGAUUCUUGGAAAAUGUAUCUCCGGUGACAUAUUGUACAUGUGUUAGAGCAUUUGAUGUUUUCUAGAGUGUAUUAAAAAGCCUUAAAUGGCAUCAUCACCGAACUGUCACAUCACAGCGAGUCUUAUCUAUCUUCUUCUUUCAUCUUACUGCUUAAUGGUUGUUAGUGGAGCAAGAUAAUCCUACAGGAUUUGCAGAAGGAUGCUUCAGCAGCUCACGCACGUGUAGACAUCUGCUCCAUUGUUACUUAGUGAGAGACAUUGACCAAGCUGCACUCAAAAAUGCUCUCAGAUUUGUAUUUAGUGCAAUUAAUAUCAAAAUGCAAAAAUGCUCUUUGAGUUAAAUGUUUUUUGUCACCAACAGCUGCGUUUGACUGCUAGAAAAGAGGCUUUGGGAAAGAAAAGAUAAUUAAACAUAAAAAACUAUGGUUUAAAAGACAUAAGAUUUAAAAAAUGCACUAUUUCUCUUGUGAAAAGAAAAUGGAACACUUUUCAACACACAAUCUCAAUACAUGGUGAUACAUUUUGGUCAAUAUGAGAUGAUUUUAUACAAACAAGCCAUUCUAAUGAAGCCUCUAUAAUGUGUCUUCAGAGCAGUCUUCACUUAAAGUCUGUGUUCUUUUAUUUUUUUUCAUACUGUACUGUUGUGAACAUUGUUAAAAAACUUGUUCAGCUUCCUCUCUGUCACCUCAAUUUUUCGCUUCCCCUUUGCUGGGUUUUGCUUUUUUUCUUUCUCCUCAGAGGAGGGUGUGAACAAUUUACUGUAAUGCGUCGUGUUAAAGACUGAUGGAUGAGCAAUCCCAAAUUACAUCUCUCUUCCAAACAAGUAAAGAUAAGAUUAUAUAUUACAUACAGUAGAGUUGGGGAAAGUGAUUCUAAGUCAUUUAUGUAAUGUACUGUAUAUGUAUGGAUUCUCCAUGCAGGCACAGUGGAAGCAGAUUCAAUUCUUUUGGCUUUCUGAAAUCCUUGUGGCUUUUCUAGUAAUCAGUGUCACAACUAAGCUGCUGGUUUAAGAGAAGAGAAGCUUGAUGAAGUGAGCACCAAACACUUGCCUGUAAUGCCCACUCUUACAUUGGCUCAGGCUGCUCACACACUAAUGAGAACAACCAUCUAUCUGCAAGGUCAAACUCCAAAAAUAUUUUUUGUUUUCUCUAAAAGGAUAAGGAGGGGAGAGGAAAUGUCAGCUUUGAAAAGGAUUAAAAACGAUCAAAAAAGUCUGAAUUAUGUUGCAAGCUUAAGUUUUGAUGCAGAUGGUCCUUUAUGUGUACCUAACAUUUGCAUAACAUCAGAAGAAGAUUUCUGUCAGGGGGUACAAUUAAGAAUGUUUAAAGGAAUAGUUCGACAUUUUUGGAAAUAUACCUAUUCAUGUGCUUGCGGAGCGUUAGAUGACAAUAGAAACAGAUAGCUUGGCUCUGUUCAAAGGAGUCUCCACUGGUUGCCUGGCAACCUAAUGGAACCUCAUAAGCUAAGCUUACAAGCUGCUGCCUAUAGUUUCAAAUGUAACCAACAGUCACGAAAGUGGUAUUGAUCUCAGCAAGAAAACAAAUAUGCAUAUUUUCAACAAUUUUGAAAAUAAAUAAUCUUAGGUGUAUUUCAGUUUGGGUUUGUAUUUAUUUAUUUGUGUUUUCUGUAGUUAUUUGCAAUGUUAUUUCAUACUUUUAUCAGGACUAAAUCCACUGGAUCUACUUUAGAUUUGGAUUUUCAAAAGUAAGAGAAAAAAUACUGAAUUUCUGUGGUCAAAUUAGUUUGAGGGUGUUGUAUGAGUAUACAAUAUAUCAUACUUUCUUGUAGUAAAUUGUAAAUUUUACAUUUGUAAAUUGUUGUUACAUUACAGCAGACUUUUUGUUGUUGCUGCUUGACUGGACUGAUAUCAAAUGUUGAUGAUCAUCCAAAGCGAUUUUGAUGUAAAUAUUUUAGUGUAACUGUUUCCACCAUCACAACUCAUGCAGCUGUAACACUGCUAAUCUUUCCAUGACCUCAUCAUUUUAUGUAAACAUGAAAAGUACAUUAUCUAGCCAAAUAUUUCCAUACAGAAGUAAGAAAACAAAUAAUUUGUUCAAACUCACCAAAGAGACAAACCAUGUUUACCAGCAUUUAUUACUGUCUACAUAUUUUUAUUGUUGCAAUUGCACUUUGUAGACCCAAUCUUGUUGACUUUAUUUUGUGCACCAUUUAUUGUACAUGAUGUGAUUCCAGAUUUGUUAACUUAAUACUGUACAUGAAUACAUUUGACUUACUGAUUCUAUAGAAAACCUUGUUUUGUUGAACCACCCAUGUUGCCUUAAAAACAAAAGAAAAUGUAGCUAAUGUCUCUGUAAAUGAUGUAUCAUUGCAUUCCUGAUAUACAUUUGUACAUGCACAUGUGAAAGGGAAAAAAUUGAUUUGAAUAAAAUUCAUACAAUUUUU